AUGUCAUCGUUACCAACUUCAGAUGGAUUUGACCAUCUAGCCCAUCCUUCAGGACAGAGUUCUGAGAUUGGUAAUCAUACGAGUGUUCCUCGUUCUGUCUCUACUUCAGUCUGCCCUGUAAAGCCCAGUGAUGCAGCUGGCCUUGACCGUCAAGCUGACAAGGCUUUGAAGGUUUCUGCUGAGUUCCAGAUCGCCUCUGAAGAGAGAGAGCAUCUCCUUCCUCUACAGGGUCUUUCAGCUCAUGCUUCUUCAGCAGACACUGCUUCAGCAGACCAGAGGCCACCUAGGCCUUUGCAGAAUUCACUGGAACAAACAGUGGUUACAGACACUUUAAAGAAGUCUCCUGCUGAAAAAAGCACCCCAAGCCACGAAUUUCAUCUCUGUACCAAACGGGAAACUAGUUUAUCUAUCACAGCUACUAGGGUGUGUGACCCACAAAUGUUUCUCCAUCAAAAGGGUUGGCAUCCAGAAUAUCAGAAUCAAAGUCUAGUAAAUGGCUUUCAGCAGCAUGAAGAAGCCAGGAAUCAACAGCAUGAGGUUGUACAACAGAAUGCUCCAUGUGACCAAGCACAUCUGUGUAGCACGGGAACCCUUGACCCUCCUGGUCAAAGGCAACAAAGCCAACCCAAACGUGUUGAUUUAGAAGCUGAGAUGAAAGGGGAUGAGCUCCAGCAGAAUGUGGACCUUCAAGGUGCAGGGAAAAAUGUUCUAAAUAGAGGAUACUUGGGCUGCUCAAGUUCAGAAACACUUAUGGACGUAGAUGUUGUUGAACAGUCCUUGGUUGCUGUGUUUAAUUCAGGAGGCUGUCCAAAUGCCAAGAGCAUUGAUGCAUCUCAUCUCAUCCUAGAUAAUCCUUCAAUGGAAGUAGAAAUAUCAAAAUACAACCCUUCAUCUGAAAUUUUAACUAAUUCCAUUUCUACCCAGGAUUUACGGGGCCCAGAAAGUAAGGUUGACAUAUCUAGAACAAAUGAAGAAGAUAGCAGUUGCUCUCCUUUAAGUCUUUGUGGCAGUGGUCACACCUCUGUGGAGACAACAGAGGAAUCCUGUUCAUCUAUAACAACAGCUCUGAAGGAACUUCAUGAACUUUUGGUCAUUAGUAGUAAUCCAGCUUCAGAAAACAUAUAUGAAGACACUUUCUGUCCAUCAGGAACAGGAGCCAAGGGCCAAAUAAGUACAAACGACCUUCCUGAAAUAUGGGCCCACAGUGAACCUCUUCCCACUUCCCUGGAUGAACAGUGCCCACCAGGCUUUUCUCAUCAGUCUGUCCCUGUAUCCACGAAGACAGAAAAAUUAGGGACUUCGCCUGACACUGGAAUGGAGAAUAUAAACGACAUCAACUUCAGGGGUCCUGUGGAAGGUGUCCCCAAGUUGAGGGAGUCCACUGACGAGAGCAGUUCCAGUUCUGUCCCUCAAGCCUCAAUGGAAAUGUCUAAUCAACUGCACCGCACACUAGGUGUGGAAAUUUCCCCCAAACUUUUAACAGGUGAGGGAAAUGCACUGAAUCAAAUUUGUGAGCAAACAGAGUCCUUACCAUCCAGUUUCCUCUUGGUUAAAGACUCUGGUCAGGGGAUUCCGAAUCCAGUGACCGAAAAGCCUGAAUCCAGAGAAAAUACCUGCCCUGAAGCUGCCGGUCCAUUCCUUGAGUUCGAGCCACCUACCAGCCAUCCAUCGAAUCCUUCCAUUUUUCCCCCACUGAUUUUUCCUGCUGCAGACAUUGAACGGAUCCUCCGGGCUGGCUUUACUUUGCAGGAAGCUCUUGGGGCUUUGCAUCGAGUUGGUGGAAAUGUAGACCUUGCUCUUCUUGUUUUGCUGGCAAAGAACAUUGUAGUUCCUACAUAA